UGGCGCUAAUGAUGCUCGUCAGCCAUGAGUCAUCUUGUGCCAACGUGCUGAAGCUCCUGGACUGGUUCAGUGGCCCAGAAGAUUACAUUAUGAUCCUGGAAAGGCCGGAUCCAUGCCAGGAUCUGUACGAAUUCUGCGAUAGCAAAGGGGGCUACCUCUCAGAAGAUGUUGCAAGGCACGUGCUGGUCCAGGUGCUCCAGGCUUUGCGUCACUGCCAGGAUUCAGGCGUCUUCCAUCGCGACCUCAAAGCAGAGAAUCUGUUAAUCAGGACUGACACUUUGGAGGUGAAACUAAUUGAUUUUGGCUGUGGAGACAAAUGGAAAGACACCCCCUAUGUGGAAUAUUCAGGAACAGAGGACUUUGCUCCCCCAGAGCUGUUCCUGAGUGGGGAGUACCUAGCUGGCCCCACCACGGUCUGGUCUGUAGGCCUCACACUUUAUGAGCUAGUGUGCGGCUACUUGCCCUUCCGCAACAAGAGGGCAAUCAUCUCAGGCUGCUUGAUAUUCCCCUCAUGGGUCUCUCCUGGUGAGCAGCUUACUUUUUGUCCCACGACUAGAGUCUCCUGA